AUGCAUGAGGUCUCCGUUCCUUCUGUUGGGAAGGAGAAGCAGGAACAGCUGUGCUCCCAGAGGGGGUCCUCCCAGGAGAUGGAGAAGCUGGCUACCAACGUCUCAAAGGCAGAAAGAUUCUGCUAUUUCUCGGAGGACUACAAGCAAAUCUACCUCCCGAUCUACAGUAUCAUCUUCGUGCUAGGCCUCCCCCUGAAUGGCACUGUUCUGUGGCUCUCCUGGCACCAAACCAAGCGCUGGAGCUGUGCCACCAUCGAUCUGGUGAAGCUGAUGGUAGCCGACCUGCUUUAUGUGCUGACACUGCCCUUCCUCAUCAUCACCUGCUCCCUGGGUGACAGAUGGCCCUUCGGGGAGCUGCUCUGCAAGCUGGUUCGCUUCCUGUUCUACACCAACCCCUAUAGCAGCCUCCUGCUGCUCACUUGCAUCUCCGUGCACUGCUUCCUGGGCGUGUGCCACCCGCUGCGUUCACUGCCCUACCGGACCCGCCGGCAUGCCCUGCUGGGCACCGCCACCACGUGGGCCCUGGUGAUCCUCCAGCUGCUGCCCAGGCUGGUCUUCUUCCAAACGGACUACAUCAACAGCCAGAUGGUCUGCCACGACAUGACCAGCCCAGAGCAUUUUGAUCAGUUUUCCGCCUACGGCGUGGUCCUGAUGUUGUCCUGCUUUCUUUCCCUCCUUGGUCAUCUUGGCAUGCUACUCGCUGAUGGUCAGGAGCCUGACCAAGCCAGGGGAGACCCUCAUGAGGGUGGGCAGCGCGGCCCGGGCCAAGUCCCUCCAGACCACCCUGCUGGUGUGCGGCCUCUUCACCCUCUGUUUUGUGCCCUUCCACAUCACACGCUCCCUCUACGUCACGCUCCACUUCCUACCUUCACAGAACUGCCAGCUCUUGAUGGUGGCCAGCCUGGCCUACAAGAUAUGGAGGCCUCUGGUGAGCCUGAGCAGCUGCCUCAACCCAGUCCUGUACUUUCUGUCAUGAGAACAAGAGUCAGGCUCUUCCAGGAACUGAGGCGUAACAAGGUGGGUGUGCACCCAGCUGGAGCCAGGGAGAGAGACCCAGGGGUGGGCACAUCUGGGUACUGUCAAGAUGAAGUUCAGGGGAAAAGCUCCAAGAUGUUGACAAUGACCUGUUUGAACACAGUCAUGUGCUAG